GAGGCUGAAGUAGUCUCGAGUGGGGUCAGGCGGCUGCAGCGCGCGGCACUGCUGGCAGAAGAACCCGUCCCCCGGCCCGGGGCCCCCUGGGCCGCCGCAGUUCCAACACCUCGGAGAACUGCUUCCCUUUUCCGACGCAGCACUGCCGCUUAACAGUCUCCUUCCGGGGACCCCUGCCGACCGUAACCCCCAUAGCCGAAAUAACACCUGGACCCUCCCGCCCCACAUCUGGUCCGCGGCCUAUCUCGCCGCGAUCACCUGUUGGGGAACGAGCCGAGACAGUGGCCGAACACACAAGUGCUGCUGAUUGGUUGGAGAGCUGAGGGGGCGGGGUCACCUGCGGGAAACUUGGACGCUGAGUCCCGCUCUGAGUUCUAAACUACAAUUCCCAGCAAGCAUUGAGGCCGUGCGCGGCGGCCACAUCUGUUGCUCCUCAUUGGUCGGGAUGUGGCGGAGGGCGUUUUGAUUGGCUGAGGGUGGAGUUUGUAUCUGCAGGUUUAGCGCCACUCUGCUCGCUGCGGCUGCGGAAAAUUUGCGGCUUCUGGUGGGCUCACGCGGUUUUGGCGUGGCGGGGGCAGGGAAGCUACAGAAGGACCCAGCCUGGCAGAGGCAGUAUUAGACCAGCAGGUCCUGGAGUAGUAGAUUCAGCUGUGACCUCACCUUCCUGGCAUGUUUUAAGGAAAACUCAUCUGGACCUUUGUAUAUUGAAAGCUGUGUAAAUGCAGUUAGUUCUGUCAAGUGAAUUCAAGGGUUGGAGUCCUGUGAUCCAAACAAUGGUUCCUUUAAGAUUCUAUCAAGGCUGGUCGUGAUGUCUCGAGAGACGGAUGCAGAGAGUCAGCAGUCCCACAGCAGCGUCUCCUCUCAGGCCCAUGGCAGUGGUGCCUGUCCACAGUCCCAAGGUGGCUUCACUCAGUCCCAAGGCCUCUCCUCACAAUCCCAUGGGUCUUCACAGUCCCAAGGCACAUCCAGCUCUUCCACCAGCACGGUGCCUACCUCCAGCCAGUCCUCUCACUCCAGCUCUGGGACCCUGAGCUCCUUAGAGACAGUGUCCACUCAGGAACUCUAUUCUAUUCCCGAGGACCAAGAACCUGAGGAGCCUGUCCCUGCCCCUUGGGCUCGAUUAUGGGCCCUUCAGGAUGGAUUCACCAAUCUUGAGUGUGUUAAUGACAGCUACUGGUUUGGGAGGGAUAAAAGCUGUGACUAUUGUUUCGAUGAACCACUACUGAAAAGGACAAAUAAAUACCGGACGUAUAGCAAGAAGCACUUCCGAAUAUUCAGGGAAAUGGGUCCUAAAAACUCUUACAUCGCCUACAUAGAGGAUCACAGUGGGAAUGGAACCUUUGUAAACACAGAGCUUGUAGGAAAGGGAAAACGCCGCCCUUUGAGUAACAAUUCUGAGAUUGCACUUUCACUAUGUAGAAAUAAAGUUUUUGUAUUUUUGGAUCUGACUGUAGAUGAUCAGUCAGUUUAUCCUAAGGAAUUAAGAGAUGAAUACAUCAUGUCAAAAACUCUUGGAAGUGGUGCUUGUGGAGAGGUAAAGCUGGCUUUUGAGAGGAAAACAUGUAAGAAAGUUGCCAUAAAGAUCAUCAGCAAAAGGAAAUUUGCUAUUGGCUCUUCAAGAGAGGCAGAUCCAGCUCUCAAUGUUGAAACUGAAAUAGAAAUUUUGAAAAAACUAAAUCACCCUUGCAUCAUCAAGAUUAAAAACUUUUUUGAUGCAGAGGAUUAUUACAUUGUUUUGGAAUUGAUGGAAGGAGGAGAGCUCUUUGACCGGGUGGUGGGGAAUAAACGACUGAAAGAAGCUACCUGCAAACUCUAUUUUUAUCAGAUGCUCUUGGCUGUACAGUACCUUCACGAAAAUGGCAUUAUACAUCGGGAUUUAAAGCCAGAGAAUGUUUUACUGUCAUCUCAAGAAGAGGACUGUCUUAUAAAGAUUACUGAUUUUGGGCAGUCCAAGAUUUUGGGGGAGACCUCUCUCAUGAGAACUUUAUGUGGUACCCCCACUUACUUGGCUCCCGAGGUUCUUCUUUCCAUUGGAACUGCCGGGUAUAACCGUGCUGUGGACUGCUGGAGUUUAGGAGUUAUUCUUUUUAUCUGCCUUAGUGGGUAUCCACCUUUCUCUGAGCAUAAGACUCAAGUGUCACUGAAGGAUCAGAUCACCAGUGGAAAAUACAACUUCAUUCCUGAAGUCUGGGCAGAUGUCUCAGAGAAGGCUCUGGAUCUCGUCAAGAAGCUGUUGGUCGUGGAUCCAAAGGCUCGGUUUACGACAGAAGAAGCCUUAAGUCACCCGUGGCUUCAGGAUGAGGACAUGAAGAGAAAGUUUCAGGAGCUACUGGCCGAAGAAAAUAAAUCAAUUGCUGUACCCCAGGUCCCAACCCAGCCUUCCACUAGUCGAAAGCGGCCCUUGGAAGGGGAAGCAGAAGACUCAGAGAGCACGAAGCGCCCUAGUGUGCGCACCUCUGUGUUGUGAACACGACAGAAAUGUGCUUCUUCACUCUGCUGUCAUCUUUUAAGUCUGUUUUUUUUUUUUUUUUUUUUAAUCACUUGUAUUUUAAUUAUGGGAAUAAUUGCUUUUCCACAAUCACUGAUAAUUCAAUUAAAAACCUGAUGGAAUGUGGGCUUUGGGUGUAUGCUUGAUGAAUAGCUCUUUGGUUGACUGCCUUUUAUUAAAACUUUUUUUUUUUUCUUUUUUAAAAAAAUUGUUGGGGCCUGGGGAUAUGGCCAGUGGCUGGACAAUUGCAUAGCAAAUGCAAGGCCCUGGGUUUGAGUCCCAACACCAAAAUAAAUAAAGAAA